CCUAACUCACACUCAAAUUGCGAUUCGAUUAAAAAAGAAAUAGGCGCACCGAAAUCCAUCGUAUUGGCCGCCAAAAAAUUAGCAAGUGUAAUCCAGUUGUGACUUUGUAUCUUUCCAUGCCAUCGCCGCACGAAAAGGAUGCUAACAAAGCGGCAGAAACGGCAGCCAAAGAAAAUGCCGCCGAUAAGGUAAGCGAUGUGGAAAAUGCAUCGGCCGCCGCGGGGAUGGCGAAAGCUGAGGGGGCCCAGCCGGAAAGGGGGCCUAAAGAUGCAGCCGAAUCCCCCGCCGCUGCCGACGCACCUGCCUCUGCCGCCACUGAUGACGUAGCUGAUAAAAAAGCCAAAGGAGACUCAACGGCAGUUUCAAAUCCCGAAUCGGAUGCAGCUGCAGCGGACAAAAAGGAGAAAUCCCCCUCGCCGGCACUAAAGAAGUCAAACAAUAAGGAAGCUAAAAAAGAGGAGAACUCCGAAAAGGACGAGGAGAACACGGAAGACGGCGAUGAGCCAGAGGAGGGUGAUGAGAAGGCGAGCGAUGAAGAGAUUGAGAAAAAGAAAUCCAAAUCAGAUGCAGAGAACAAGAAAACGGAAGGCACUGAUGAGUCCAAGCCAAAGUCCGGAGCCGAUAAGCCCAAGAAACCCGAGCCCAAGGCCAAGAAUGGCAAGGUGGCCAAGGAAGAGGAGGACGACGAAGAGGACGAGGAUGAUGAGGAUGCCGAAGAUGAUGACGGAGAUGAGAACGAUGGCCUGGACAAAAACAACGAGGUGGCCGAGGAUGACGAGAAUGUCGUGGCUCUCGCCGAGAUUGAUCGCAUCAAUGAGAAUAUUAAUAAGACUCGUGUAGAUGGCCUGCAAACAUUGCAUGCGAUCUGCUUUGGCGCCCAGGGCAAGAACAAUGUGGUCAAGAAGAACUUGCGCUCCUUUGCCGGUUUCGAGUUUGCCAAGGAUUCGGCGGAGUACAACAAAAAACUGGAGGCCAUCAAAAAGGUGGAUAAUAAGGGGCUGCGCAGCAUCUGCGAGAUCCUCACCCUCGAUCGCAAGGGCAGCAAGAACGAGACUGUCCUGCGCGUGCUCAAAUUCCUAAUGGAACCCGACGAGUCGCUUUGCUUGGAGCAGGGCGAUGAAGAGGAGGAGGAAGAUCCCGAGGACGAGGAUCUGGACGAAGACGAGGAGGACCCGCCCAGUGAAGAGGACAAGAAGCGCAAGAGCGGAAAGUCUAGCGGCGGCUCUGGAAGAGGCUCUGCUCGCAAUUCCACCGGACGUCCUCGGCGUGCGACGGCAGGAAAGAAAAUGUCCGCCUAUGUAGAUUUCUCCAGCUCUGAAGAGAGCGAGCAGAAAGUGGCAGUUCCCAAAAGGAGACGAAAUGAUGACUCCGAAUCGGGCUCAGAUUACAAUCCUUCUGCCAAUUCCGACUCCGAUGGUCGUGGUGGUGGUGCUGGUGCAGCAGGUCGUAAAGUCCCAAGCCGCGGCGGUCGCGGUCGUCCUGCGCGCAAAAGUCGCAGAAGAAACUCUGAUUCCGAGGAGGAAGAGGAAUCGGAAGUUUCUGAAGCCGAUAGUGAUGUCCCAAAACGCAAACGUGGUUCCGUGGGAAAACGUGGGCGACCGGCAGCUCCUGCGUCAGCCGGACGAAGGGGUAGAGGGCGAGGUGCAGCUUCCCGAAAGCGUAAAGAUUCAGAUAGCGAGGAUGAGGAGGUAUCCGACGAUGAAGAGGAGGAGGACGUCUCAGAUUUUGCCAGCGAUCAAAGCGAAGAGGAACGUCCCAAAAAGAGUAAGAAGCCCAUUACGCCUGCGAAAAAUAGCAAAGCUAACAACAAGUCAAAACCAGCUGGAAAGGCCGAUAGUCGAUCGAAAAAAUCAAAGAAGGAAUCGUCCGAUGAAGACGAUGAUGUCGAUGACAAAGAUGAAUCCGACGAGGAUGAGCCAUUAACCAAAAAGGGCAAACAGGCAUUCCCAACGGAUGAACAAAUACGCGGAUAUGUCAAAGAGAUUCUGGACAAAGCCAAUCUGGAGGAGAUUACCAUGAAAACAGUGUGCAAACAAGUAUAUGCAAAAUAUCCAGACUUUGAUCUAACAGACAAGAAAGACUUCAUCAAGGCAACAGUGAAAGCGUUAAUUGCGACAUAAAACGACGUGAAGACAAAGCCACUUUGAAGUCGGAGAAGGCUCUGUAGACAUACAAAACAAAACAGGCGACAGCAAAGUCAGGACGUUGUAUGCCGAUACAGAAAGAAGUUGGGCAUGGUUCGCGAAAUGUAACUCCUAGUAGUUGUCCUAUAAGUAUAUGAUUUGUACUCCUAUCCUAAAAGCUAUCUGCAGUUCACCUUAAUCCUAACGUCAGCGGCAGUAGACUAUCCAUUCUUAUAUAUAUUCAUCUGUAUAUAUAACUUUUUAUUUGUCCAACCGUGCGCACGCAUACACAUCAUUUUCUAUUUUCUUGAAAGUAUGUGCUCUCGACAGCUCUGCAAAGUGUGUAAAUUAAGCAAAGAGAAACUUGUAAAAAUCCGAUAAAAAAAAAAAGAAACACCUAAACUGUAGUGCAUUUUGAUUUGACGUUCAACAAGAAAUGAUGUAUUUAACAUUAAGGCACAAGAAAUAAUAAACAAAAAGCAAAAUUAAAAAUUUAUAAAGGCGUGAAAUAUCUAAAUUUCACACACUGUCAGCAGUACAAAAACAAACGAAAGUGGAAAAAACUUUUUAAAUUUACACGAUUACAAAACGUUUUUGGCCUAUGUAAAAAAAAAUUGUAUCCUUUGGGCGAGUAAUUUUAAGGCACACUUGAGCGGAGCUCCUGAUCCAAUGUUUAACUGCUGACCCGAUCUACUUUAUCCCAUUUUGAUGUCUCCAUCGCAUCCCAAUUCCUGUUCAACCCAAAUGCUCGGGCCCCAGUGUGAUCGAAGAUAGGAAGGUUUCUCGGCUUAUUAACUAGAGACAAGCUCACAACAAAUUGUGAGUAAAAUAAACAAACAGAAGAUUGAAUAUGACAUGAGGAAAAGAAUAAAGUUAAAUAUUAUAAAUAUUAGAUAUUUACAAGGUAAUAAUAGAUGUAUGUUAAUUUUAAACAACAAAAAAUUGAAUAGAAAAACCGAAUAUUUUACGUUUAAUUGCCUGCAAGAGAAAAAGUAAAACAAAAUCCGUUUAAAUAUUAUCACAGUCGUCGCCUCUCAAUGGAAGUUUUCUUGUAGUAAACUCGUAAAUGAAUAUCAAAAACAACACUAAUAAAAUCCCACUAAAUUAGUUUAGCCCCAGCAGUCAUUGGCAACUAAGCUAUAUACUCUUGUGCAUUCUGUUCUGUUUCAAUUUUAAAUGUUCGCUGCAAAAUGCUAAAAGGAAUGCAGUGUAUCAGUAAUAAAGUGCUACAAAUUAAGAGAA